AUGUCUGACAAAACUUUACUGUUUAGUGUCGUGCACCAAAAAGUCGCCAUCGAUGUUGAUCUAUAUCAUCGCGUUAUUUAUGGUUCUACGGAACUCACAGUAACCGCUAUUCUACCUAAUACAUCAUCUAAAGACUCAUCAUCGCAUGGCAGCAAUAAUCACAACAAUAAUAACAACACAUCAUCUGCACCGUCUGCAGCUGGACAACAAAACUCGGAAAAAGCUCUUCCACGAAUUGCUGCUACACUUCUUCAACUUCAUUCUCGAGGAUGCGUUAUUCAAAAUGUCAUGAUUGACGGUGUCAAAACCCUUUUUUAUCUUAGUAACGAGGCUAAUCCAAUCUCCAAUUCCCCACUAGUUCCUCCAGAAUUCACCACACAACAAUCCGAAUUAAUACGGAAAAAACUUGACACUCAACUUUCACCAUAUCCUCCAGGAGACUUGUUUAUAUUACUACCAGUAGACCUUCUCCAAAAGAUCAUUCUAUCCUCUAAUAACUCGCAUAAUUCAACAAACACACCAGCUCCUGAUGGAUCUGAUACUUUAAAUUCCUUUACCAUCAAAAUUGAUUACUCUCUCCAAGACUCUGUAAAUGGCUUCAACUUUGUCGGAGGUAAAAACAGCAAGAUCAAAAAACAGUAUUGGCAUGCAUACACAACUCAUAACCCAAUAGGGUUGGCCACCUCUAGUUGGGUCCCUUGCUUUGACGGGUUUUGGGACCAAUGCUCAUGGCAAUUUGAAAUAUCCAUCCCACGAAGGAUAUCAGAUAUGAGCAACUUCAAAUCCCACUUUGGCGGGGACUCAAAGACUAAAAAGGAUAUAGACGGCGACGUUGAAAUGUCUAAUACUAAAUCAUCUAAUGAAGACUCCAGUAAUAACGCCACAAAUAAUGAAGAUGACGACGACGAAGUUGACGACCCUGAAAACCGAGACAUUUUAGUAGUUUGCGCCGAAUAUUCUCCAAAGGAAAUUCCACAUCCAUUUGACCCUCAUAGAAAGAUUGUAUGCUUUGAUAUUUCAACUCCUAUGGGUGCACAAAAUGUUGGUUUCGCAAUUGGCCCCUUUGACUCGGUUUCAAUAUCAGACCCAGCUCUCGGGGACAAUGAUGAAGAUAAUAGCGGCGAUGACGAAGAAGAUGAAGAAAAUAAAAUACCUUUAACCGUUUACGCUUUACCAGACAAAAUAAAUGACGCUCAAAAUACAUGCGUUUUUUUGUUCAAAACAAUGGAGUACUUUUCAAGAGAUUUUGGCUCCUUCCCCUUCAACUCUAUGUCUUUUUGUUUCGUCAGUCAACCAAUAGCCCCUUAUGCAUCAUCAGCUGGCGUCUGCAUUUGUGAUGACUCUUUACUUUACCCUCCUGAUGUUAUUGAACCUCUUUUUGUCAAUCCAGAAAUUCUAAGUAAAGCUUUAGCAACACAGUGGUCUGGUGUUGCACUAGUACCUAAAUCGUGGAACGAUAUUUGGGUGACUAAUGGAAUCGCUGGCUACAUGGCUCAAUGCUUUAUUAGAAAACUCAUGGGAAGCAACGAAUAUAGAUUUAUUCUUCGCAAGCGUACAGAAGAAAUUUGCCAUAAAGAUAUUGGCAUGCCACCUUUGGGAGACCCCCACUUUGACUUCCCUUUAACACAUAGAGAUCUUUCAUUCAUUAGCUUGAAAGCACCAGUUGUCUUAUUUAUUUUAGACAGAAGAAUGACUAAAACCGAAAAAUCCCUUGGUUUAAGUCGUGCCAUUCCUAAAAUCUUCAUUCAAUCGGUCUCAGGAGACCUAACCAACUCUUGCUUAUCUACAGCUCAUUUCAUAAAGGUUUGCGAGCGAGUCAGUCACAGCAAACUGGACUCGUUUUUCAAUCAAUGGGUUUAUGGCUCAGGAUACCCUAUUUUCCGUGUCACGCAAAAAUUUAACAAGAAACGCAUGUUUAUUGAAAUGGGUAUUCGCCAAGUUCAAGCUUCAGAAACUGUUCUCCCUAGAUUUUCAGAAAAUGAUUUUGUUAAACGUGCAAGACAUGAUAUUCCAAGUCUGGAAAAAUUUCCAGUCCAACCUGUUUUUACAGGUCCUAUGACAAUUAGAAUUCACGAAGCUGAUGGUUCUCCAUAUGAACACGUUGUCAAUCUUCAAGAAGGCUUUACUAAACUAGACAUUCUCUACAAUACCAAAUACAAGAGAUUAAAGCGCAACAAGAAGAAUAAGGAGCAUGUUGAUAUCCACAACCUUGAUGGAGGAGAUGACGGCGAAAUCGAUGGCGUUUUGCUCCAUUGUCUUGGUGAUGUGCUUCAGAGCGAAAGCGAGGUCGAGGCUUGGCGAUUAGCCGAAUGGACUAAAGAAGAAGAAGAGCGGAUGAUGAAUGAAGCUUUUGAGUGGAUUCGUGUGGAUACUGAUUUUGAGUGGAUUUGCACACUCCAUAUUGGCCAGCCUGACUACAUGUUUGCUUCUCAGCUCCAGCAAGAUCGUGAUGUUGUUGCUCAAUACGAUGCUUUAAGAUACUUUGCGGCAAACAAACCUUCAAAGCUAUACUCUUCACUUUUCACCAAAACCUUGAUGGAUAAGCGUUACUUCCAUGGUAUACGCACUGAAGCCGCCAGCUGUCUUGCAUUAUGUGCAACUGAGGAAAUUGAUUUCAUUGGAAAAUUUCAUCUAACUAAGGCUUUUCAAACUCUCUUUUGUUUUGAAAACUCCUUUAUCCCUAAAGCCAAUGAUUUUUCCGACUUUAGCUUGUAUUUCAUACAAAAGGCAAUUCCUCUUGCACUAUCUCGAAUUCGAAAUAGUUUUGGCCGAUGUCCUAAGGAUAUGCAGCAAUUCAUUAUGGAUUUACUCCGUUAUAAUGACAACACAUCCAACACAUAUUCCGACUCUUAUUACAUUUCACAUCUCAUCAGCGCAAUGGUCAGCUCGUUUGCGGUUUUCAGUGCUGAGGAUGGCUCAACAAGUUUCAUAAAUAAUGAUGUGGAGCAGUUUGAGUUUGUCAAAAAGGCCAUUGAUGAGAUUGACAGAUGUCUGCGGAUGGACAGCUGGAUUCCUUCUACUCACAAUAUCAUCACAACUACCAUCAUCAAUCAAAAGCAAGGGCUGACUAUUGGUGGCUUUCUUCCGGUGAAGUUUGAAGAUUUGAUUCAGUAUACCAAGCCUGGAAACAGUAACUUGGUCCGCCUUCAAGCUUUCAGCUCUCUUUUAAAUCUUGGAGGGAUCAGUGACAAGUCAAUUCUUCAUUACUUUUUCACUACUGCUCAGUUUGACGAAGCAGCCGAUAUGCGAAGCGGUCUUUUAAGAAUAUUAAAUGAUUCACUUGGUAGAUUGGCACUUUAUGGCGACUUUAAGCCCCAGAAACACGAAUCUACGCCAUUCAUGGUUGUUGACGAUGGGUCUGCCUUAGAGGCGCGCCAAACGUCCCAAAUGCGUACAACUGUUCAAGGUGCUAAAACUCUUCUUCGCAAACAACUACAGAGCAAUCUUGCACUGCGAAAGGGUAUAAUGCGUCUUUUGGCUAGCAAGCGCGUCAGUAUUCUGGAUAAACGAGAUUUGCUUGACAUAUGCUUUGUUUUGGAUGACCCCAAAAACUCAUUCCCUAUUACGCUUCCUACACCACGGAUCGUCCGGUUGGUUGCUCAGCGCAGAAAUAACUUUAACAUUGUCAUUAAGCGAGUUAAUGUAAUUGAAGAGCGCAAGCGGUUAGAGGCAAUUGCUCGUUCAAAGAUAGCUAACAAGGCGGCAGCGAAAUUAAAGGCUAAGGCUAAGCUGGUUUCUGCAGCCCGACCGCCAACUCUUCUUCCGCCAGUGCCUGUUGCACCGAAAGAAUCGGAUGUUACGCUUGUUUCAGAGACAUCGGUUACCAAGCCUACUGAGCCUUUGUCUGUUCCGAAGAUUUCGAUUACCCUUGCUCCACCUAAAUCCAAGGCGAGGCAAAAGAGUGGUAGUGUUUCGGAGUCACAUAGACCAAUUGUGGUUCCUCCUGCUCCAGCAGCAGCAAAAGCUUCAGUAGCUGCAACCAGUGUUUCUGCAGCUGCACCGGCAAUUCCAGAAGUAAAGGCUCCGGCGGCGGCGGCGCCACCUGUGGAAGAACUCAAGCCUUUGCCAAAGAUUUCAUUUUCUAUAUCGAAGAAGAAGCCAGGGCCUAAGUCCAAGGCUAAGCCUGCUGUGACUAUUAAGACUGAAACUAUUGUAUCUCCUGCAACUCCGCAAGCAACUCCACAAGCAUCUGUGGAAAAAUCUGCUGAAAAAUCAAUACCUGUUACACCCGCAACACCUGCAAAAACAACAGCACCUACACCUACACCAGCUACUUCAGCACCCGCACCGUCAACAGUGGCAGCGGCAACACCAGCAUCUGUACCAAUAUUAGCGAUGCCUGUGGCAGCACCGCCAACACCUGCUACUACAUUAAAGCCACCGACUGGUAAAGGUGUUACUAAGAGUCCACGCCAGAGAAGGAAGAGAAUGAUUAUCAAGCUCAAAGCUGGAUCUGCUGGUCUGGCUUUGAUUAAUGCUAAAAUGGAAGCAGCAGCAGCAACAGCAGCAAUAACAACCACAACAACAGCAGCGGUGACGUCAGACCAUACUUCUAAUGCCAACUCGACGCCAAUUAAAAAGGAGCCUGCUGAUUCUAAUGCUCAGCCGGUUGGAGCUAUUACACCGCAUACGAGCAGCAGCGCACCAACACUAACGUCCAAUUCUACAAGUGGGCCUACAAUCGUACCAAACAACACUACGCCAGCUGGUGAGCCAGCAACUUCAAAUCCAGGAAGUGGCAGUGGGACCAAGGUCCCGAAGAUCAAGAGUGAGUCUCGGGUGAAGAAGAAAGCCUCGGGACCAAAGCUCAUUCUCAAAACCAACAACAACAGGAAGAAGAACAAUGGUAUUCCACCUACUUCAUCUGUGGAAGCGGCAUUACCGCCUUCUGCCAUUAGCAACAAGCUCAAACCCAUUACAUCUGCAUCGCGGCUUUCUGCAUCGCCGUCACCGGUGCCUUCACCUCAGGGCAAGUCACGGAAAAUUGGCGGGAAUGGAGGAAGUAACAGUGGCGCUAGUGGGAAUGGAAAUGGGACGGGUAGUAGUGCGCUUGGUGGAACUGGAGGAAGUCAUUCUAACCAUGCAGCAAACCAUGCGGCUAUCCGUUCAGCUGUGGAGGCAAUUGGCACUUCUGUAAACCCAGGAGGCCGGUCUCUUUCACCGGGACCUGGCGGGUUGCAUCCGACACUCAAGCUGGCCAAGUCAUUUAAGGUGAGCUCAGCAGCAGCUGGAGGUAGUCGCCCAUCGUCACGGCCAGGAUCACGACCCGGAUCGCGCCCAGUUUCUCGGCAAUCGUCACCUGCACCUGGAGGCGUUGGUAGUGGGGGUCAUGGUGAGGGCAUGCCAGGAAAGACGACGAAUGGUGUGCACCAGAAAAGUGGCAGCAGCAGCAGCAGCAGUAGUAGUAGUAGCAGUGGCGGUGGCGGUUUAGGAGGAAACAACGGUAAUUUGACCAGUGGCAGUGUGAGUUCUGGACUGUCGAUCAAGAUUAAAAAGGAGCAUACUGGUGGAUAUGGAGGUUCUAACCGGGGCCUUAAGUCGUCAUCUUCAGUAGGUGGCGGUGUGUUGUCACCAUCUCCAUCAUUGUCUGGUGGAUCAGCAGGGUCAGCGGGGUCCACUCCUACGGCGACUCCACCUCCCCAGUCGUUUUCAUCUUCGUCGCAUCCUCAACGGAUGACAUCGUCUUCUUCUUCUGGUCCGAAACCGCCGUUGCCGCCGGGACCACCUCCUCCUCCACCACCUCAUUCACAACGACCUCCCCCCCCACCACCAUCUAUGCCACCACCUCCACCACCGCCAGGUCUUCCACCUGGAGCCAGUCCUGCAGAUGGCAGCGGGCCAGGGUCUGGAAUUGAGAGUGGAGGAAGCAGCGGGGGAGGAAAGGGAGGGGGAAAGAAGAGCAAAUUGCCUAAGGUCAAGCUUAAGCUUAAGUUUUGA